AUGACGAAGCACGGCAUUCCUCUCAACACUCUCAAGGAGUGUCUCCAGUUCCUGCUGUGGUUGAAUAGUAGGAAAGAUGUGCAAAAACAGGUGGCCGAUGUGCUGGUUAAUCGUUAUGGAAAUUCUUAUAACCAUAUUUCGUUUACGGGCAAGCUGCCAGCUGAUGUCUCCAAAUUCCUCGAACACGUGUCCACGUUUUAUGAGAAAUUAGUAGCUACACCAAUUAAGGAAAGAUAUAUCGAUCCACAAGCAAAAGAUGUCACCGAAGCCCUCCUCGACUGCAUUCCCAAGUUCCUCGCCGCUUUGUAUUUUUUGCUCUACAACGUGGAUUAUAGAUUCGAUGCAGUGGGAGGAGGGAAGUGGAAGUACAAUUAUCCUGGGUGGGAGCCUACUUGGUCGAGACACUUUUGGCAGAAAGAGUAUGGAGGUGGGCUGCAGGAUUAUCUCAGGGUGUCACUGAGCGAUAAGUACGGUGACCUCAUACCUGGUGGAUUCGGCCCAGAAGAGGUGACGUAUGGUUAUGACUAUAAUUCUAUCUAUGGUUACUGGUACGGUGAGAGCAUGGUAAAUGACCUUAAAGCGAUUCUGGACAAACACAAUCAUAAGUACAACGAUUUCCGGGACGUAUUUUUUACAACAGUCAUUUCUAAAAGUGGUGCCGGCACUCAUAAAGUGAACACUGCGAAUGUUCUUGCAUUGGUGAAAACGUUUUGCGAGAUUGUCGCUGCGGAGGAAAAGAAACUAAAUGGUGAAAAGUUUAAAACGCAUUUGGAAAAAGGCACGCAGAACAAACGCAUUUGUUGGAAUAAUUUAGUAGCCCAUUGCAAAAAUCUUGAGCAGCAACUUGGCAAGUUGUUCAAUGAGAAAGCCUUUUCCUUCACCGGCCAGGCGCGGACUGUCGACCAGCUUAACACUGAGAGAUUUGCGGGGGAGACAGCGGUAUGGUUUAGAAAUAAUUUGCACGAAGUUCAACAUAAUGUACAACGAAUAAAUAAAGAUUUCCCAGUCGACAACACUCGACAUUUAAAUGUUCUUCAGCAAUUUGCAACCACAAACAUAUUCCCCUACGGUUUUAUAUUUGGUAAAGCACGAUAUGGAACAAUGAGCGAGGCGUGGAAGACGUUGUCAAAUCAUUGGGACAGUACAAUGAUUAUGCUGGGCAAAAAUGGUGACGGUUUGGAUAAGUUGAAAACGCUUUUGGAUGGUGAGCGGUGCCAUCAUACGGCUCCUCCAAAACCACGACCAAGGCCGGCGCCCAGGCCCCCGAGGCCUGCAAGACCUGUGCCACCACCCCGGCCUGCCAGAGCUUCGGGUGGAAGGACAACCGGUACAAGAGGCGGUGGAGGUUGGUCGUCUGUUGGGAGUCGGGCUUCUGGUGCUAGAGGAGGAAAUACAGGAGGGGGAGCGCAUAAACGUAGAGGCGAAACACAAAACAGGGUAAUGGGAUCGGGGGCUCAGAGAGACAGAGGAGGCCCGGGGCCUGGAGGGGCUCGAGCAGCUAAGGGCAGACAGGGGAGCAGAAGUCCAAGGCGUACGAUGUCUACUCAGUCUCCACACUUACAUCGUCAAUCUACUUCCCAGUCCCAUCCUCAACAACCUUCCCACAGUGCUCCUAGAGUCCCUAUUCCACUGGCUGAAAUACUUCCGACUCCACCGCACUCUGUGUCUCAAACCUCUGUGCGUGGCCCCUCAAGUGCGUCCAGCUCAAGAUCUUCGUCACCUAGUGUCACUAAUGCCGGUGGUACGGGACUGGGUCCCCAGGUGCCUAUUUCUGGACAUAGUCAACAGAGUAGCCAAGACUCAGCUCCCAAUCAGGACUCCAAUCCACGCACACCCGGUCAGCAUUCUGAUUCAGGUGGCGGCGGAGGAGGACCUGGAGGGGCUGCAGGUUCGUCGCGGGGUAUGGACGAGAAUUCAACGGGCAGUGUUUUGACAGCUUCAAAACCUGUUGUCUCUCUAAGCAUUGAUCUUUCUCAGGCUCAAAGUGCUCCAAGAGAUGUUCAGUCUGCUGGGCAUGAUAGUGAUCCGGGCCGUCCAGGGUCUUCGUUGCCACAGGCUAAUUCAAACCAUGAUGGUUCCCCGGGACCCAUCGGUACGCCUGCUCACCAGGAUCCGGGUACAGACGGCAAGGUGUCUUCGGGAAUAAAUCCGGUUGUCUCUUCAAAUGCUAUGAACAGUCAGACUUCAAGGGUUCAAACCCCAGAUUCCCUGUCAUCUGUUGCCCUUCCUGUUGGUGCCCAGGAUCUGAAAGACCAGGCGCAUUCUUCUACUCAAGAUAUUUCUCAUCAAUCUUCAGAAAUACAAAGCACCCAUCAAGGCACCCCCGGCGUCGAUAAUCUGCCAUCCGCUGCAAAUCGUGCCGGUCCAGGUGGCGAUGAAGCCAAUGGAGGGGGUGGAGUCUCGGCAGGUGGUACGGAUGGCGAUUCCCAGGUCGACUCUCAUUCUGGUAAAUCUUCUAAUGCCCCUCAACCUUCUGUUCGACUUCACACCCCAGCUCUUUCAGCCGCAGGUCCUCCAUCUGAUAUCUCUGGUUCACCGGGCGAUUUGGGCCUUACUCUCCCAUCGCCUUCUAAGGUAAAUCCUCAGGGCCACACGGAUGAUGCAGGCAGACAUAGCCCGACAGCUAUUCCACAGGCUCCUGGCCAAGCUCCUCUCGGCAAUUCUGAUGCUGCAGUUACAAGAGCUCAACAACAUGUUGGAACUCAGGAUAAUGGAUCUCCAGGUCAGCUAGGCCCGCCACCUCCUGUUCCUCCCCCUCCGCCUUCCGCUCCUCCCCCCAGUCCUCCUGCAGCCCCUGUCUCACCUGCUAAGCCGGGUGGCGGGGGCGCUGUUUUACAGAGCAAUGCUUCUUCAGGUUCACAGCCUGGUUCCCCUCAAGUCAAGGGGCCUCCUCAGCCUCCGAGUGUUACAGGUCCAGGCCCUGGGUCAACUGGUGGUGGAGGGGCUGAUCCACAUGGUAGUGGAGGGGCUGGGCAAGAUGUUGGUCAAGCCUCCGGUAAAACUCCAAGCAGCGUCGCUACUCCGUCGGAUGCCAUGGCGGCUGGUGCAGGUGGAGGGGGCAGAGAUCCGCAGUCUCAAGUUAUUGAUAAAAAGGAUUCACAAAACUGUCCUGCGGGUGCUACAGAAGUUACCGCAGUUAAUUCUCAAGGUUACAUUUGCUGGCCGCCGCCACCGUCCAUGAAAACUCCUGCCAGAAUCAUACCUUAUGACCAGAGGCCUUCGUCUUUGAUCUUGAAAAAACUGAAUGACCAAGAGUCAAACGCCCUAAAAGAAGAAGAAAAGGAGAAGCACAAACAGCAUGCCAUAAAUGUCGCUUUUGCCAACUCUUUCAACGGGUCGAAAAUAACUCCUCCGGACCCAAUUGAAUACUACUACGGCGGGCUGACAGGGAAUGUUGUGAGAGAUGACUCAGGCGUUAUACGGCAAAAAUCAUUUCUUGAAAAGUCUUUAGAUGCCAGUAAACAAAUAUUCGAGGAGAGCAAAUCAAAACUUCAGGCGCUGGAUAAUGAUAGAAAGCGUUCGAUGUAUUUUGGCGGCGGUGGUGUCGACAUUAGGAUUCCAAAUAAACCGCUUAAUGUGUCCUUUGAAAUCACAAAGCCUCUAGACCGUAAUGCAGACAAAUUUCCGGAUCCAUUACUGACCGCUCUUCACGAUCCAGAAGAAUUCGGCCUUGGAGGGGAAGAAGUGUACGCUGAGGAUUAUCCACUUGUGUCUGGUGUUGGAGGGGAACCAGUAGAUCUCCGCCAAAAAUUAUACGAAAAACAAAAGGUGGAGGUUGAAAAGCUUAAUAGGGUGCUAGAAGAGGGAGAAGAGAAGAGAAAGGAAGCUGAAGCACAAUAUGCAUUCGACCAGUUUAAAGGUAAAAAUGAUUUUCUUAAAGAUCUUUGGAAAGUUGAAGAUUUCAGAAUCUCUGGUCCGCCGUCGCCCCAAACUGAUGAACAAAAAAUUGAUCUCCGCAUCGACGUCCCCAAGCCCAUUCUUCAAGACCCUGUCCACGACUUUGACUUCGAUGAAGACUCGACGCAUAUAAAUGAUGAUGCACUGUCCAACAGUGUCGCUCCAUACAAACCUGCCAUCUCAUUAAAUGUUCUACCUCCAAAGGCCAAGCAGUUACCGCCGCCAACAACAGACUUCGACAGAAGUAAAAUAAAUCGACAAACUCUACCAAUGUGUAUACCGGAUUGGUCUACUAAGACGCCAACACAUGACGCCACCGACAUCCCGAGACGGAGCUGUUCCCUCCGAGGCGCCGCGUACAGUCAGGGAGAUGCUUGUUUGGAUGGCCGGACUGCGACACCCGAGGCACCAAGAGACUCUGAAACUGUGUAUUACUAA